UGAAACCUCAAUGUUCAUACCGCGCUUUUAGAAUACUAUAUUUUAUUUAUCAAGUUAAUUAUUUAUUUGUGAACGUAAUUAUUAGAUAAAUCAUGGCGGAAGGCGAUAACGUUUCGGCGUUCAGUAUGGAAGGAGGGCAGGAUGCGGUCGGACUGCCGAGAAUUGUAAUGGUCACAGAGGGAUCUGACACGUCAGCCUCCUCAGCAUCCUCGACUACGCCCUCUGAGGACAACUGGGCAGAUCUUAUCAAGUCGUCAGAGAUACCACCAGAGUACUGGCAUAUACAAAAGCUUGUCAAGUACAUGAAGGCUGGAAAUCAAACGGCUACAAUGGUCGCACUAUCCUGCCUAAAGGAUCACGAUUUAACCAUUGAAGUUAAUCAAAGAGCUAUACAAGAAAUUGGCGGCUUGGAAUUACUUGUUAAUUUAUUAGAAACAAGAGACCUUUGCUGUAUUCUUGGAAGCUUGGCAGUUCUCAAAGAUAUCUCACCAAACAUUGAAAUAAGAAAAAAGGUUACAGACCUGGGGGCUAUCCCUUUAUUGGUCGGACUACUGUCAGAUCCUGCGAAGGAUGUUCAAAUAUUAGCAGCUGAGACGAUUGCAAAUUUAGGAAGAAUUCGGAAGACAAGGAAAUUCUGUAGAAAGUUUGGUGGUUUGCCAAAAUUAAUUGAUUUAUUGGAUAUUAAAGAAAGAUAUCUGGUGACGCCAAGGGAAGAGUUGAAUCUAGAGGAGACUCAGUUUCUAGAUAUCGCUCGAGCUGGGGCUAAAGCACUAUGGUCAAUGUCUGCCUCGCAGAGAAACCGUGAGGCUAUGAGAAAAUUUGGCAUGAUACCUUUGAUAGCUCGUUUGCUUAAGACGGUACAUCUCGACGUCGCCGUGCCCGCAGUCGGUCUUCUACAAAUGUGUGCCAACGAAACCUCCUUCCAGUUGGCGAUACAAACAGAAAAAAUGGUCAAUGAUUUGAUCACACAUUUGGCAAACGAAGAUAAAGACUUAAAGACUUAUUGUAGUUUGGCCAUAUAUAAAUGUGCAAGUGAUCCAAUAACAAGAGACAUGAUAAGAGAAGCGGGGGGAUUAGAACUUCUAAUAGAUGCCGCAAAAGAUACCACAAAUAGAGCAAAUAAGCCUUUAAUGGCUGCGGUGACCGGAGCACUAUGGAAAUGUGCCAACAGUGAAGCUAGUGUUAAAAAACUAGACUUCCUUGGUGCAGUUCCGAUAUUGGUUCGACUACUCGAUGAUGAAAAUGAUGGUGUCCUAACAAACGUCGCUGGUGCGUUGGCAGAAUGUGCUAAAUACCCACCGAAUCGAGAGAAGAUACGCGCCUCUGGUGGCAUUCCAAUGUUAAUACAUCAUCUGAACAAUACAUAUAAACCGUUAUUGGAGAACGUACCUUUGGUUUUGAUGGAAUGUGCAAAGGAACAUAAUUGUAUGAUGCAAAUAGAUGAACUUGAUGGAGUGAGGUUGAUUUGGUCCUUGCUGAAGAAUGACUCUAAAAAGGUGCAGACGAAUGCAGCACUAGCAUUGAGUCCCUGUGUGCAAAACGCCCCGGAUUCCGGAGAGAUGGUCCGGUCGUUUGUGGGUGCUUUGGAACUGACAGUGGAUUUACUGGACUCUGAUGAUCAUAAUGUACUAUCCGCCGUGUGUGCUGCAAUUGCUACGAUCGCUAAAGACAAUGAGAAUCUAGCUGUGAUUUCUGAUCAUGGUGUCGUGGCUAAAUUGUCCAAGUUGGUGAGUACCACCGAUGAUCACCUGCGCGCUAAUCUGGGCGUGGCGAUCGCGUACUGCUGUGAUUGGGCACAGAACCGGCAGGAGUUCGGCAAGCGCGGUGCUAUCACCCCCUUAGUCAACUAUAUGACGUCACGCGACCCCAACGUGCACCGCGCAACCGCACUCGCUCUAUACCAUCUAUCCUUCUAUUCCAUCAAUUGUGUCACCAUGCAUGCUGCUGGCGUCGUGCAGUUUCUCUUAGAAACGAUUGGCUCGAAAGACCCUAUACUUCAGGAAGCAUCUGCAGGUUGUCUCUGCAAUAUACGUAAACUCGCUCUGGCCACCGAGAAAAUUAAAUUAAAACAAUAA